AACAGUCAAACAUUAAUUUCUCUUUACUUAAUUUGGAUCCAGAAGCAGAUAGCCUUAUUCAAAGCCAUGUCUGGAGUCAAAGGAGGUCAAAAGAGUCAACCAAAAGAUGUUGGGUAUUACGAGAAGCACCACCACCACCAUCAUGAGGACAAACAGAACACAGUGACACCUGUCGUACCUCAGCCAACUGCAUGCCAGUCAGCUGUAAGCCAACCAGCACCGUGUCAGCCAGCUGUGAGCCAACCAGACCAGUAUCAGCCAGCUGUGAGCCAACCAACCCCGUGCCAGCCAGCUGUGAGCCAACCAACCCCGUGCCAGCCAGCUGUGAGCCAACCAACCCCAUGCCAGCCAGCUGUGAGCCAACCAACCCCGUGCCAGCCAGCUGUGAGCCAACCAGCCCAGUAUCAGCCAGCUGUGAGCCAACCAGCACCGUGUCAGCCAGCUGUGAGCCAACCAACCCAGUAUCAGCCAGCUGUGAGCCAACCAGCCCAGUAUCAGCCAGCUGUAAGCCAACCAACCCAGUAUCAGCCAGCUGUGAGCCAACCAGCCCAGUAUCAGCCAGCUGUGAGCCAACCAGCCCAGUAUCAGCCAGCUAUGAGCCAACCAGCCCAGUAUCAGCCAGCUGUGAGCCAACCAGCCAGUCAAGUGAAGUCAGGAUGCAAGAAAUGAGAAUUUAAGAACGACACAAGGAGGCUCAUGCUUAAAAUAAAAUGCAUGGCAGUAUAUUGCUUAUUUGAUGAUUAAAUCUAUAUAAUCUUUGCUAAAACUAUCAAAUUAACUCAAUCAUAAUAAAUUAAUUCGUUUAAUGCAA